AGUUAAAAACAUAAAUCCUAAAAUCAUCAUCGGAUCCGAAGAUCCACAAUGGAAUCCUCUUCUUCUUCAAAAAAAAACAAAUGGUUUCAUUAUAUUUGCCUGAUGACUGUUGGGAAUUUAUCUUCAGAUUCAUCAUCAACGACAACGAAGAUGACUGCAGCAACAGCAACAACAACAACAAUUCUAAUAAAUCUCUUGUCACCAAAAAGUUUCACUACUUGAAUUCUCUAUCUCUCGUCUCCAAACAGUUUCUCGCCAUCACCAACCGUCUCCGAUUCUCACUAACUGUCUACAAUGAAUCAACAAGUUGUCACAUCUUCAAAAGAUUCACCAACCUUAAUUCCCUUAAAAUCAAAAACCUAUACAUUAACCUCAACAACCUUCUCUGCAAAAUCUCUUGUUUCCCAUUGAAACAACUCACAUUGCUCAAUAUCUCCAACCAACACACCAUUCCUGCUAAUGGGUUGCGAGCUUUUUCACAAAAGAUCACAACUUUGACUUCUCUCACUUGUUCCAAUAUGUAUUCUUUCCGUACCUCUGAUUUAUUACUAAUCGCUGAAUGUUUCCCUUUUCUUGAACAACUUGACCUCAGCUACCCCUCAUAUUGCAACCAUUACAGCAGCUAUGUUGAUGGGGUAGAGGCUCUUUCACUAGCGCUUAUCAAACUCCGCAAGGUUAAUCUUUCUGGAUUUCCAAUAAACAACCAAUCGCUUUUCCACUUGUUCAACAAUUGUAAACAUCUUGAAGAGGUCAUAAUAUUUAAGUUUGGUGAAAUAACAAGCGCCGGACUUGCUUCUGCUCUCCGCAAGAGACCAACAUUGAGGUCUUUAUCCUUUUCCGCUGCUUCUUACAAUCCGGAGUACAGCCAAAUGUUUACUACUUCACAUUUUAUUGACUCAUUGGUGAGUUUGAAGGGUUUGAAUUGUCUUGUUUUGCAUGAUUCGAAUAUCUCAGACGAGUUGCUCUAUUCUAUUGCAAGGGAAUGUCUUCCUUUGACAAGAUUUGUCCUCGGACGUUGCACUGGCCAUAGUUAUGAUGGAAUCAAAUUUUUGUUAUCCAAGUGUCAACGUAUCCAACAUUUGGAUCUUCAAAAUACUGAUUUUCUGAAUGAUCAACAUGUUGUCCAGAUGUCAUCAUCGUUUCUCGUUGAUUUGGUUUCCAUAAACCUUAGUCGUUGUGGGCUACUCACAGAUUCAGUCUUGUUUGCACUCGUUAGGAAUUGUCCUUCACUUAGUGAGAUCAAAAUGGAAAAUAUUCGGAGUAAGAAUGGAGAAAAUUCUGAUUCUUUGGAAAAGUUUGGUGUAUACCCUGAGCUAAAGUCUCUCUAUUUGGGUGAAUGUACAUGGUUAAGUGAUGAAAGCAUCAUAAUAUUUGCUUCCAUUUUCCCCAAUUUGCAGCUACUUGAUUUGAAUAAUUGCAUUCGCAUAUCUGAAGGUAUUUGUCAAGUUUUAAGGAAAUGUCGUAAGAUUAGGCAUUUGAACUUAGCCUACUGUCGGGAAGUGAAGCUACUUGGAAUGGACUUUGUUGUUCCCAAUCUGGAGGUGUUAAACUUGUCAUGUACAAAUGUUGAUGAUGAAACACUGUAUGUGAUCUCGAAGAAUUGUCGUGGGCUUUUGCAACUAUUACAUAGUGUCACAGAGAAUGGAGUGAAACAGGUACUAGAAAACUGCACACAGCUAACUAAGAGAUCAUGGAUAUCUUCAUCACUAGUAUUCUAAAAAUGUGAGUGGAAAGUUUGAACUCUGUAAGUUGUUUUUGUUUUUAGAUUUAAUUCUGUACGAAAUUACUAUUUUAAAAUGUCA